GCUACCACCAUUGCACCACUCACACUUGAAUGUAUAUAGCAGUGUUGCAGUCAAGUCCAUCUAAACCGAGAACAAGUCACGACCAAGACCAGAGUGUAUCGGGACCAAGACAAGACCGAGAAUUUGAGGGCUCAAGACCAAGUCAAAACUUAGACCAAGGUAUUGUACGAUCGAGCCAAGACCAACACCAGACAGUACAAAGCCUACUUAAGUAGCUAACAUUCACUGAAACUGUUGGAGUAAAGGUCCGAGUUAUCUCAUUAAGCGUUGCCUUGGAGUUUUCCAUCCAGUCACAGUUAUGUUAACGAAUAAAUCAGUGUCCUCUUUGUCCAAGACCGCGACAAGACCGGAAUUGCGGGUGAUACAGAGAAGAGUCCGAGGCUUUUAAAAAGUGAUUUUGAGACUGGUCUGAAGACCAAGACAGAUCUCAAGUAUUCCAACAAUGGCAUAUGCUGAGCGAAGCGUAUCCCAUCAGUGUCAGAUGCAUGAGUGUGAUGGAUGCGUGGGAGGAAAGCUGUCUUGUGUCUGUCAGCGGUUCUCAGCUGUAAAUUUGGAUGGUGAAGUCAAGCCGUCCUUUUAAUGGGCCGAUUAAGCUGAUCAUCUGCAUGUUCGCCUGGAUUACAGCCAGUGAUUAAACCCAAGGAGAACACAGAGGAGACGUCCUCAAACAGGCAGCUACAAAAGUCCGCCACGAGCCACUACUCUCUCUAUGUCCCAUUGUUGUGACUGUGAAGAGGAAUAACCUCCGCUUCAACAGUAGACCAAUUGGGCACCAAGAGGUUUGCUACUCCAUCUUUCUGAAACCACACACACUCCUGUGUCAGAAAAGAAAUGGGUAACUCAACAGGAAGCACCGUGGACGACCUGCAGGCGGUGGAGAUGCACCUUUGGUACAAGAAGUUUAUGACCGAGUGCCCCUCGGGUCAGCUCACCCUGCAUGAGUUUAAGCAGUUCUUCGGCCUGCGAGGCCUGGACCCUGAAGCCGACGCCUACAUCGAGCAAAUGUUCCGCACGUUUGACAUGAACAAGGAUGGCUACAUAGAUUUCAUGGAGUACGUGGCCGCUCUCAGUCUGGUGAUGCGAGGAAAGAUGGAGCACAAGCUGCGCUGGUAUUUCAAACUCUAUGAUGUGGACGGAAACGGCUGCAUUGACCGACAUGAGCUCCUAAACAUCAUAAAGGCGAUCCGUGCGAUCAAUGGGACUGAAAAUAAGGACGUAACCGCUGAGGAUUUCACAAACCGCGUGUUUGACAGGAUUGAUAUAAAUGGAGAUGGCGAGCUUUCCCUGGAGGAGUUUGUGGCCGGCGCUCGCACUGACGAGGAUUUCAUGGAGGUGAUGAUAAAAAGUCUGGACCUCGGCCACAUCGUGGCCAUGAUCCACAGCAGGAGGCGCAGCCUUUAAAGAUCUCGCCUCGUGUCCGACCGCCUCAUCCUCAUUUAUGAUUUAACCCGAGAGGCUCCGUAUGUUGCCUCUGGUGGAAAAGUCAUUUAUAGACUGAGAUUUCUAUUAAGAUUGAAUCCAGUUUAAUAUAAUGCCAGUGUAUUGCAAACGCUGAUAUUUCUUACAUUGAAUCUCUCAAAGAGUGACACACAUGCACUUUAAAUGCAGUCGGAUGACUCAGUCAACCUUUGCGAACUGGUCAUUGUCCUUGUUUAAUGAGGCUGAGCUCUCCCAAGGCCACGCUGGCAUGAGGGAUGAUCUCUCAGACGUUCCACUUAACCACUGAUACCCCGAGGGAUAAGAGAGGCAGAUAGUGGAGCAGAGUGGCAAUUAUAUGCACUCGAUGCUUUUAUUUUUCUUCUGGAUCCGAGUUCUUCUGCAUCAAAUUACUCAACUCUGUGUUUUCUUGCCUGUGGGCAAACAAGAGGACACUGGGCAGCAGUGUGCUCGAUGUCCACGCGUAUUUGACACAGUCGAAGGUUGUAACACAAAAACAGGUGAACGGUUUUGACAUAUUUACUUU